AUGCAGGCCUCAAAAACUAUGACAGAUGAUCCUUUGUUCCGUCGAGCGACCCCUUCGCACGGUGCCACCUCUGAGCGCAUCAGUAUCGAGUUACAAGGUCUAGCUACGCAAGCUGAUGAGACGCCGUUGGCAACAACUGCUGCAAAAAGUUUCAACGCCGAUGAUUGCCAUUCUUCGGAGAGUGCUGAGCCAUCACCUGGCCCUGCGCGCAAAGUGUCGCGACUCCAAUCUGUCAUAGAGAUUGCCACUCUGGCUGGAAUCAGUUUCUUAAACACUAUGGGAUCUGGCAUUCUUAUCGCUGCCCUUCCCAGGAUCGCCCAGGACCUGGGCCUCCCCCAAGGACUUAUCCUUUGGCCUGCCGUAGUAUACGCCUUGGCAGCAGGAUGUCUAUUGCUCAUCUUUGGCGCGACCGCAGAUGCAAUAGGUACAAAGCUAGUUUGGGUCACGGGCGCGUUUCUUUACACUGCCUUUACGCUUGCCAUAGGAUUUGCGCAGACCGGCAUUCAACUGAUCUUGUUCCGUGCAUUUCAAGGUGUCGCCAUAUCUAUGUGCCUACCAACGGCUGUCAGUCUCAUCACAAACACAUUUCCAAAAGGCAAGUGGCGCAACACGGCAUUUGCCAUGAAUGGGAUGGGUCAACCACUAGGCUAUGCUCUAGGCCUGGUGUUGGGUGGCAUCUUCACGGAUACUGUUGGCUGGAGAUGGGCCUACUACAUGAUGACGAUCAUUAGCUUUUUUCUUUCUACCACAGCCAUCUGGUCAUUGCCAUCGGUUCCCCGCCCCUCGAACAAGCCAUGGAAGCGCCAGCUGUUGGAGGAUAUAGACUGGCUCGGAGCCAUCAUAAUGAGCGCGGGACUUGGUCUGUUGUUCUACGUCCUGGCAACUACAUCUUCUUCCUACACCAGCAUCAAGAGCGCCCCUUCAAUCGCCAUCUUAGUGGUAUCACUCCUCCUCCUGGGCUCAUUUCCUUUUUGGAUGCAUUAUCAAACUGCGCGAAGCAAGCCAGCUCUUAUACCCAACCGUCUCUGGAGUCAAGCUUCCUUCAGAACCGUGUGUAUCGCAGUCUUCUUUUGCUGGGCAUCUCUCAACGGUAUCGAAUAUUUCACAACGCUCUAUUUCCAACAAGUUGAGGGUGUCUCCGCCUUACAAAGUUCCAUCCGCUUCCUUCCUCACGUCGUCAUGGGAGUUGCAACAAACAUCGUGACUGCCUAUCUCGUUGCGCGAGUGAAAAUACAAUACCUGGCUGUAGUCUCUGCUUUGAUCACCAUGGUAGCACCGCCAUUGAUGGCUACGGUGGACAUUGGCGAGAACUACUGGCUUGCACCCUUUUGGGCGCUGUUCCUAUCACCAGUCAAUCCUGACGUCUUGUUUACGGUAUCGAACCUCGUCAUCUCGGACGCCUUCCCCCCAGAGGUACAAUCGCUGGCUGGAGGUGUGUUCAAUGAGGUCAGCCAGUUCGGAAACUCCGUUGGUCUCGCUGUCACCGCCGCUAUCGCUGCGAGUAUCACCGAACAUUCAGCCUCCGAGAGAGAGCAGGACGCGUUGAUGAAAGGUUAUCGCGCCGCCUUUUGGACAAUCUUCGCUGGUACGGUAGUCGUCGUUGUGGUAAGCGCGUAUGGACUCAGACAUGGCGGCUUUAUUGGUAAAAAGAACGACUAA